AUGCACCUGGCCAUUAAGCAAUGUUUCGGACUCUUUUGCUUUGUGUGCCUCUUGCUGUGCAUUCUGGCUGACCAGGAAGGAGGUGGAAAGGUCCUGGCUGUGAAAAAGGAAAAAUACAAAAGUGAUGUGUCUUUUGAUCCUGACACCGCCUAUCCAAGGCUCAUAGUGACUCCAGACAAGAAGACUGUGAAAUCCUCAUCUACAGUCCAAGAUGUGGCAGAUAAUCCAGGGAGAUUCAGUAAAAAUCCCUGUGUGCUCGGUAGUCCAGGAUUUACCUCUGGGAAACAUUACUGGGAGGUGGAGUACGGAAACUCGAGGGGGUGGGCUGUGGGGGUGGCCAGGAAUUCUGUGAAAAGAAAAAAUGGUCUUUCCCUUACCCAAGAAGAAGGGAUUUGGCAACAGGGUCUCUGGUGGGCUCAGCAAUUGGACCUUGGCUCACAUGGACUUCCCACCGGAUGCGGAAAGAUUGGCGUACUUCUGGAUUAUGAAGGGGACAACAUGACCUUUUACAAUGGCAACCAAGUUACUGAAAUCAAGGCCUCUUUCAAUGGUGAAAAAGUGUUCCCUUUUUUCUAUGUGGGGGCAGAUGUUUCACUUCAUUUAGUUCCUUGAUAUUCCAAAAG